AUGACUGUUCCACUACACAUGGGUUUCUCCCCUCACCUCCUUUACCCGUGUGCCCUGCUGUUGGCUGCCUUGAUCCCUGUCCAAGCGACCAGUAAGACUGGGACUUGCAGUGAGUGCGAUAAAGUCUCUUUUGUGCCAGGAUACAACCUUGUGGGAGAGGGCUUUGAUGUGGUAAAGCUCCAGCGGAAGUCUGCAUACGUCAUCGAUGUUCAGACCUAUCUCUUUGAAAACGACACCUGCGCACUUCGAGAGAAUCAGCUACUGAACGGUGAAGUUCAGAAGUUGCCCGUGUCGGUGCAGGACUGGCGCUCUGUAAAUAAAUGCUCUAAGAAGCUCAAAAAUACUGUCCACAGUUCUGUCAGCUCUCUUGUGCAAUCAACCACUACUCAGAUCACGAAUGACUGGAAAGUGGGUUUGGACCUGGAGUACCUGGGCCUAUCAGUGGGUGGGGAACUUGCAGGGACACGUUCUGACUCCGCAGGCUUUGCCAUUCAAAGGGCAAAAGAGGAUAAAUUUGUCUUCUCCUCCCAUUUGUUUAACUGCGUACAUUACAGGUUCCGGGUCAAAACCAGUCCCCCUCUGAGCACAGACUUCAAAGAAGUGAUUUCAGCUCUCCCUAAAACCUACGACACAGACACCAAGAAUCAGUAUCGGCGCUUCAUUGACACUUUUGGAACUCAUUAUAUCAAACAGGUAGAUUUAGGUGGGAAGAUACGCAAGGUGAUGGCCAUUCGUACUUGUCUGGCCAGUCUCUAUAGCCUAACCACUCAAGAGGUGCAACGCUGCCUCUCGGCGGGUCUGUCUGUUGGGCUUGGAAUAGUAAGUCCUAGUGCCUCACUUGGUUCUUGCGAAUCAGUGGUGCAGAACAGCGGCACGGCUACUCACGAUCAAAGCAGCUUCCUCUCAUUUUUCACAGAGGUGACAGGUGGGGAAGGGUGGCCCGGCAAUGUUAGCAUGACCCACGAUGACUCAGCGGGGUUUAACAAUUGGCUUGAUAGCCUGAAGACACACCCAGAUAUAGUGCAGUUUUCUCUCAGUCCGCUGCAUCUGCUCGUAACUGAUCCUGAUGUUCGUUACAAUCUAAAGACAGCUAUUCAGCAGUACGUGCAGGAAAACGAAAUGCCUAGCAGCUCUAAUAGUCACAGCUGUGGGCUCCAGAGCCUGAACCUUUCCCCUGACUGCUGUCCCAAAGAGAGAAGCAAAGGUCAGCUGACAGUGUUCAUUGAAAGUGGCUGGGACCUGAAAGGUGAUUACUGGGGAGAAUCAGAGGCGUACGUGAAAGUGAUGCAUGGGCUGACUGAGAAAACGACUCGACAGAUUAGGUCUAAUUAUCCCUCUUGGGGCCGGACAUUUGAUUUUGGCCCUGUCGAUGUGGGCCAGAUCCUGAGGGUGGAGCUGUGGGAUGAUGAUUUCUAUUCUGAUGAACUCCUGGCUGUUUGCAGUUUCCGGACAACAUCGGGGGAUCACACCGAAAUAUGCAGAGGCAACCGUGGCAGUCUGAGGUUCUCCUACAGUCUUCAGUGUGACAAGCACCUGACUGGGGACAACUGCCAGGAGUACAAGGCAGACCCCAACUAG